AUCUCUCUCUCUCUCUCUCUCUCUCCCCACAAAAAUAUAUCACACACACAAACCCAUAUACACAGACACACAUAUUGCAAAUUCACCAAGCUCUAAAUUUUUUUUUUUUUUUCUUCUUCUUGGCCUCCCCAAAACUUUCACAGGCUGUCAUGCCCUUGAAUUAUUAACACUAUGAUUAUGAUAUAUUUUAAAGGCAUAUUGUGGGGGGUUAUUCUCGCUUUGUUGGGUCUUCUCCAGUAAACAAUUUUUUAUACUGAAGGAUUACUGGUUUCUUCUUCUUUUUUCUUUUUUUUCUUUUUUUGGCCUGCCAAAUAGAUUUGCUGGUGUAGCGGUGUCAAAGAAUCUUCUCUGAAUUCCCAUCACAGUUGUCUGCUUAGAUUGCUCCGUCCCCGAGUACGGAAGAACAGAAACAUGAUUAAUUGAGAGAAAUUAUUUGGGUUGGUGAUUUUUCUUAAAGAAAUUUUCCCAAGUUUUCUAGCUUCCCAAUCAAAAUUUAUACCAGCUUGUAUGGUUUGAUGGAGUAGUAUUGGCAUGAAGGUGGGAAAUUUUCAAUGAGCUACAGAGGUGAGAAUCAAAACCCGGACUCUCUUUUUUUCAGUUUGUUCAGGUAUGGGAACCAAAAUUGAAUACGCCGUCAAUCUAUUAGGGACCUCACCAAAUAGCAACAGCUUUACUGUGCAUGGUGUGGAUGAUUGGAACUAUUUCUUGAACACUGGGCUUAAGGUGAAGUCUCGGAGGAGCAAAUUGGAGAAUAAGAUUCACAACUUCAUGGAUAGGAUGCUUGGCAAGCACAAUGUCGAUUCCAUUAGAAGGACAAUGCAGAUGCAUGAAGAUAUCUUCAAUUAUCAGACUUUUGAGGAUGGACGAUCAAGUUUAACAAAAUUAUUAAGAAAACCCAUCCAAAAAAAAAAAAAAUUGCAGGUAAAGGAACUCCAUCGUCUGUACAGUGCUCAAAAAAAGCUGAUGAGUGAAGUAAAGAAAGAGAUUACCAAACAAAGCAGAUCAUGGGAUCCCAGAAUUAAUUCUACUACUACUACUACUACCAUCACAAAUUCAGAUCAUAUGAACCAUUCUCAGUUCAUUAACUGGCACAAUCCGAAUCCAACCACACCGCAAUUCAUCACCACUUCUUCAUCUGCUAAUAACUUCCACAUCCACACCUUGAGAGAAGACUUCAACUCCAGAGAGCGAAGCGGUAGCUGCUCCGGAGACACCGUGAGGAUGUCCAGGGGAUUCGAUCUCGAAAGGCCUGCCGCCGAGGGAGACAUGUCGACAGGAAUCAGCGCCGUCAACGAAGAUCAUCAAGCCGCCGCCACCGCCAGUGGUUUGAGUUCUCACAAUCUUGUCCUUAAAAGAAACAAAAUGAUGACAGUGAUGAUGAGCACUACAACUACUACAGAAAGGUCUGAUGAUGAAGAAAGUGAAGUGGAAUUGACAUUGAGUAUCGGAAGUUGCUUGAGCAAGAAGAAAUCGAAAUCCGGGAAACCGAAUCAGCUUGAUUCAUCUGCAUCUUUUAAAGCUGAUCAUAGACCAGAAGGAGAUUGCAGUGACCCCACAACCCCAAUGAGCAGCUCUAGUGCAACAUUUGACCAGGAAAGAAAACAGCCACAUUGGCUUUUCCAUGGUUUAAAGCUUAAAUAGGUGGGCUUUUACCUUUUAACUUCAAAUUUCUGAGAGUUUAUGAUCAUCCUUUUAAUUUGAACCAUUGAAUUUGCAAAUGGGUUCAUUAUUGAUAUAUAUAUAUAUAUAUAUAUAUAUAUAUCCAUUCUAAUUUUUAGUUGUCACUUUUUUUUCUUUUUUUUUAUUUUCUUUAAAACAAUAAAUAUGGACGGUCGAUUCAGGUAUAUAUUCCCUACGUUUAUGUACGGGUCUGUAUUGUUGUAAAUAGGAUAAUUUACAACAUUUGUUAAUUAAUCUACUUUAUUUUCUUUUCA